AUUCACUAUUUAGAAGCAAAGCAGGCAGAGUAGUUAACUCUCUGGAGCAAAUUUGACAGGAGAAUUUGAUACAUUUGAUGCGUUUUCCAGCAAUUUGGAAGAAAAGAAUCGAAUUUCAGAUUGAAAAAGAAUCAAAAUACAACAACGAUUGCCGCUGAAGAAUGCUUAAGGAUUCUUUAUUUAGGAUAAAAGAAAACGAAUUCUGUUUCUAGCCUGACCUAGAAAAGUAGAGGUGUUUGGGAAUGUUUUAAGAAGAAUUAUUGGCGCCUAGUAUUGAAAGUUGCGCUAGUUUUACGUCGAUUUUUUUCGUUCUAUUUGCUCUGUUAGGAAAAUAUGAACGUAUGAACUCAGGGAUUAUCGAUUAGCUUUUGUGUUUUUUACUACGCUAGUCUUCUCUCCUUUCGCCUAUUUCGGAUAAUUAAUGAUGAAAGCAUGUUUUACCAAUUGCUAAUUGCUCUAGCGUUUUAUUCGAAUAUACUAGGUGCAGAAGCUGACAACGGUCCGACAAUUAGCGAACCCCCCUUCGAUACUUAUGUAGGAAACGAUAAGGCGGCUAACCUACCCUGUGUUGUGGAAGGGGAGCAGGAAUCCACACAAACCAAGUAUAACAUAACUUGGUAUCACAACGGCAAGAAGGUGAUAUUCGGACCAAACAAGGAGAAAGAAGGACCUUUUCCGUUGCCAAAAGGUGGCCUAUUCUUCAUUGUCGUAAAACGAGACGAUUUAGGCAAAUACUAUUGCAACGUAACGGAUCCAAAGUCAAAGAAGUGGACUGUGUCUAAGGAAAUAACACUAGGAUUUGCAGACGAGAUAACGUUAUCGUCAUCGUCAACAUACAGAAAGACUGACGGCAUUGAUUAG